UGUAAUUGCUCCCUAAUUCUUCAUUUAACCAUCUUACUUACCCAACACAGGUCUUACAAUAUCAUACUUUUACUGUGUUUUUCUAACAAAAUCAAACUUCACACCAAUUUUUUUAAUACAAGAGCCAAAGAAGCAUACGUAUGAUACAUCAUCAAGUGGAGUUAUUUACGCAUUUUACAUUAUAAAAAAAAAAAAAAAAAAAGUUAGGGGUGUUACGCAAUUUGUGUAAAAUGGAAGGGCUAAUUUACAAUUUUCCCAUAAUAAACAAACUGGACUCACUCGAGUGAACAAGAAGAAGAAAAGGAAAUGGAUUUGAAGAUGGAAAAUUAAUAAUAAAUUGUUGAGAUUAAUACCUGUAAAAGAUUAAUCCGUCCGGCAAUAAUGACGGCAGCGAAUAAUACUCCGGCGAGCAGCGGCGGCAGCCAGGCCUACGGAGAAGCAUGGUACUGGGACAAUCGGUACACACACGAUCCAUCCACCUUCGAUUGGUACCAAAAAUACGCCUCCCUCUCCCCUCUCAUCCGCCUCUACGUGCCUCGCCGCCACCCUAUUCUCGUCGUCGGCUGCGGCAACUCUGCGUUUAGUGAAGGCAUGGUUGAAGAUGGAUAUGAUGAAGUUGUGAAUGUUGAUAUCUCCUCAGUGGUGAUUGAAGCUAUGCAAAACAAGUAUUCUACUUGCCCGCACCUCAAAUAUAUGAUGAUGGACGUACGAGAUAUGAGUGCCUUCGGCAUUGGGACCUUUGCUGCUGUUAUAGAUAAAGGGACGCUCGACUCUCUUUUGUGUGGACACAACUCACGGGACAAUGCAGCUAAGAUGCUUGAGGAAGUGUGGAGGGUCCUCAAGGAUAAAGGAGUAUAUAUUCUGAUUACAUAUGGAUCACCAGUUUAUCGACUAUCAUUAUUGAAAGAAUUGAACUGGACAACGAAGCUGCAUGUGAUAGGUAAACAUCAAUCGGAAAAUAGUUCAAAUUGGAGCAGGGAGUUGACCUCUCCCGUCCCAUUAGAUGUGAAUGGAAGCUUCUCGGAAGCUGUGGGAAUGAACGCUGUUGUUCACUAUAUUUAUGUAUGCAUAAAGGAUGAUUCUUCUGGGAAGAGUGAAGAAGCAUAAGCCUGUAAGAGGAAUGACGAUGAGAGACUAGAUUACUAGGAUUAUAAAUUAUUGAUCAUUGUGAAUAAUAAAUAAUCUGAGGAUGAGAGUGAUUAUUGCUAUUUAGCAAUUUGAGCUGUGACCAAAUACUUGGGAGGUUUGUGGAAGGUUGUUCUUCUAGUGUGUAUUGCUUAACAUUCUUCUGUUUGGCUGCAAAUUAGCCUUUUUUCUUUAUAUAUGUGUGUAUCCAUUAUAAUUCUUGAAUUGAUUAAAUUUCUGA